GUUGAGCAUGUAUGUUUCUAGGAGUCUACUCUAACAGCCACACCCAUACUAGUCCAUUGCCGCACGAGCACGUCUUAGUUGGCAAGAGCGAGCGAGCAUGCACGUCACUCCUCCGAAAGCGGCACUACCCUCGCCAAGGGCGAUCGUGCGACAAGCGCGUUUGUUGACUCCAACCACCCAUGCGCCGUAGGUAACGCACGGUCCCGAUCAGACGGCGUGGACACGAAUCUCGAGCGCAGCAGGCGCCAGCAUCCAGGGAGUCGACUUUCGGGUCGACUCACAAGCCAUCGGGAUUAUCUCGAGCCUAGCUGUAGUGGAAGCCAGCAUUCGGGCGGCGAGUCCGCGUCGCCCUCCUCGGUCGCAGCCGCUCGCGCGGUCGCGCGGUCGUGCGGUCGUGCGGGAGCAGAGUGACUCAAGUGACGGCCCGUCCGAGACGCCCGGCGCGCCUUCGUAGUUGAACUGCCGCGCUACCAGUCACCAGAGUGGUGCGAUGCAGGUCUAGCGGGAGGAGAGGGGGGAGGACUGGCGGCAGGAGGGGCGGAAGAGGGUCAAUGGAGGGCCCGCGCAGUGUUGGGGGGACAGGGACCGGGCCGGGGGUGGGCGCGGGGGCGCUGGGAGGCGGGCAGCCAGCGGCGCCAUGGCCGGGAUUUGGGGCGGCGCAGAAUGGGCCGCAGCUGUCGAGCCCGUUUGUGGUGCGGUUCGGGCAGGUGUUCACGGGGUUCGGCGUGGGGUGCGGCGUCGGUAUUGGCGUCGGCCGGCCCGUCAACCUGGGCGCGCUGCCAGCAGCAUCAGCGGUGGCGUCAAUGGCAGGCGACUUCAACCGCCUAGCUGCCGGCGCUGCUGCGCCUAUUAGACCCUUGUUACGGCGCCUGGGAGUUCCCCAUGUGGAUGUGGGGGUGGGGUGUGGGGUGGGUUUCGGCCAUGGCUUUGGCGCUGGGAUUGCGCUCAAGCCACAUGUUCUGGCAUCCGUGCUCCAAUCCGCACAGGCCGUGGCAUCUCGCCUUCUCUCUCACAUCCCUCUAGAGCAUCGGUCGCACGCCACCACAGCACUUAGCAGCACCAUGCCGGCACUUAGUGGCUCCAUGCCAGCUGUUAGUAAAGCAGCAGAGCAGACAAGCGCACACAGUGGAGCCCAUGGGGCGGGUGUGGCAGAAGGAGGGGCAGAACGGAUUGCCCCAGGGACCUUUUCUGGUGUUUCCACUGCCGUUCCCGGACGCAUCAACAGCACCGACUACUCUGCUCCCACUGCUGCGGUAGACCAGACCAAGGCACAGAAUAUCAUCAUGCUAUCUCUCUUGGAGCAGCAAGCGGAUAUUCGCCGCCUCACUCAGCAGGUGCAAGCACUGGAGGAGCAGCACCAGCACACAGGGGACGACACGUCGCGGUGCUUUGAGUGCCGUCAGAAGUCAAGGCGACGAACAAAGAGUUGUGGCAAAUAGAGAACAAGGUGCUUGUCUAAGGGCAUUGCUCUUCUUAUGCUUCGACUUCUGUCGUUCAACAAGAGCUGUCUUUCAAACGCAACCCCCUAAUGUGGUGCUUUGGGGGUUGCCUUGGGGCGUAUUCCUACUGGUGUGAUAAAUUCGUACUUAAGCAUUUCUGUUAGUUCCGAUCAGGCCCUCAGGUUGCAGGCUUUUUACCCUGAUUCAGGGUAAAAUCAGGGAAUUUUUUGGGGCUGACCCUGAUGGGGCAGGGAUUUUUUGAGAGGCAACCCUGAAAAUUCAGGGUUUUUUCAUGAGUGAACUCUGAACGUUCAGCGUUAUUAUUGUAGUGGGCC